GGACGAACAAAUUUAAUUUGAGCUCCAGCAAUCACACAGCAAAUGCUUUGGAAAUCUUUGGAAAAACAUAUCAGACAGGCAUAGAGAGAGAAAAGCCGAAACGAAAAUAUAGUUAGCUGCCAAGCAAAUGGCAUUGAACAGCAGCAAAAGCAGCAACAGCAGCAACAGCAGCAGCAGCAGCGGCGACGACGCUGAGUGGCCAAUGCAACUCGAACAGCAACAGAAACUGGCGCUAGGCGCGGGCAACAGCAAUGGAAAUGAAAAUCCAACUGGGCACUGGCGUGGUCCUGUGUGCACAAGAAGCAGCGAAGAAGAAUUUGAUGAAGCGUUUAGCGAUUCGGAUACUUGCUAUGAUGCGGAACUAUAUUUCUCACAGUUUGAGCAGUCCUCCUCCGACUACGACUAUAUUCCGCUUACAAGCGACUCCGAUGUGGAGCAAUUGAACUCGCAGCAGCAGCAGCAGUCGCACUCCCAGUCGAGUGAUGAGUCCGUUGCGCUGCUGGCACACGAGAUGCCCUGUGAUGGCCAUGACUCGUACACGGACACGGACACUAGCAGCGAUGAGUAUGACGACGACGACGAUGAUAAAUUGAGUGCGUUUAUGGAAAUGGGUCUCAACUAUGCGCCGCUCAAGUGCAGCGAAUUGAGCGAUGAUGACGACGAUGAUGUUGAGGAGCUGCAGCUCUGCAAGCAAUUGCAGCAGUUGACCAUAUACAGCUCCGAUUUGCCGGUGUGCUGCUCCGCCAGCGCUGAUUGCAAGCCAAAUACAAGCAGCGCUAAUUAAGCUCUGAUGAGCCACUACACGAGACUAAAGCUUCAAAUGCAGCAGCAACAUUUGCCAAUUGAUUGGUUUUGAAAGUAAAAGUUAAUUAGACUGUGUUCGAAAUUCAUGUUAAUAAAACACAGAUUUCCGAUAUAAAUUGCUG